UCGCCCAAUCGAGCUUUUCUCCGUGUCUCUAUGUAACUCACUUCUUCUGCUCUCUCUCUCUCUUUCUCUCUCGCCAGAAAGCUUCCUCACCUUUCUCUUGGGCACUCAGAUCCUCCCUCCACCUCCUUCGCCUCUAAAUAUUUAGCAAUCGAAGAGAAAUGUCGAAGCCAGGGGCACUGGAUCUCGCGUCGGGUCUCGGUGGAAAGAUCGAAAAGGACGAUGUCCUCUCCGCCGUUGAAAAGUAUGAGAAGUAUCAUGUCCAUUAUGGUGGUGAAGAAGAAGAGAGAAAAGCUAACUACACUGACAUGGUUAAUAAAUACUAUGAUCUCGUUACCAGCUUUUAUGAGUUUGGUUGGGGUCAGUCUUUCCAUUUUGCACCCAGAUGGAAAGGGGAGUCUCUUCGAGAGAGCAUCAAGAGACACGAGCACUUUCUUGCUUUACAGCUAGGCCUGAAGCCUGACCAGAAGGUGUUGGAUGUAGGAUGCGGAAUCGGUGGACCACUGAGAGAAAUUUCUAGAUUCAGCUCAACAUCAAUUACGGGGUUGAACAACAAUGAAUAUCAGAUAACGAGGGGAAAGGAACUCAACCGCAUUGCUGGAGUUGACAAAACCUGUGAAUUUGUGAAGGCCGACUUCAUGAAAAUGCCAUUUCCUGACAAUACUUUUGAUGCAGUAUAUGCAAUUGAAGCCACUUGCCAUGCACCAGAUGCUUAUGGAUGCUACAAAGAAAUAUACAGAGUACUGAAGCCGGGCCAAUAUUUUGCUGCAUAUGAAUGGUGCAUGACUGAUUCUUUUGAUCCCAAUAACAGUGAACAUAAAAAAAUAAAGGCAGAAAUUGAGAUUGGCGAUGGUCUUCCUGAUAUCAGGUCGACGGGACAAUGCCUUGAAGCUCUGAAACAAGCAGGUUUUGAGGUUGUAUGGGAGAAAGAUCUCGCCGUAAGCUCACCUCUCCCUUGGUACUUGCCUUUGGAUAAAAGUCACUUCUCUCUAAGUACUUUCCGUCUAACUGCUGUUGGGCGUUUCAUUACGAAAAAUAUGGUUAUGGCCCUGGAAUUUGUGGGACUUGCCCCAAGAGGAAGUCAACGUGUUCAAAACUUUCUGGCACAGGCUGCAGAAGGGCUUGUAGAAGGUGGAAAGAAAGAGAUUUUCACGCCAAUGUAUUUCUUUUUGGCCCGGAAGCCGCUUUCAGGCAGUCAGUAAUGUUGCGGCCUAAACUAAUUAACCUGGCAUGGAAUCGUCCCCAGGGAUUCUGACUGUUUCAUGAGUACGUUAGAAUUGGGUUUUGAUCAUGCUAGUUUACUUUUUUUUUUUUUGUCCUGUGAAUUGAGAAGUUGUUUUGGUUGUGUUUAGUUUCGUUCGUGCUUUUCCGUUUGAUUGAGGGACGUUGUAAUCUUAUAGUCUACAAUCUCAAGUUCAUUGCUUGUUACUUGGUCUUCCCGGUCUAUUUCGACCAGCUUAUACUGAAUCUGUCCUUCACACUA